AUGAACCUGCUCAAGGGCCACAAGCGACUGUGCCCGUUCGGCGAGUGCGAGUGCGCGCCGUGCGGUCUGAUCGCGGCGCGGCGGCAGCUGAUCGAGCAGCGACAGCGCGUGACCGCCGCCCAGGUGGCGCUGCGGCGCCGCCAGAGCAUGCGGUCGCAGCAGGACUCCGGAGGAAGCUGGGGCCGCGCCCGGCCGUGGCCUGCGUCAGCGGGUUGCGCGCCACCUAGGGAGCACCAGUGCAGCCCACAGCUCCUGCCAACCGGGCUGAUGCCGCCUACGCCGCUGGCGGCACUUCUGCUACUGCAGCGCCUCUAUCGACCGCCUGACAUACUAGCAGUUCUCUUCUACGCCGCCCUGCGUGUCAACGGGCACUGCGUGUUCUCGGCGUACAGGAUGAUCAUCCGAGCUGAGCUGGAGCUGCGUCAGCUGAUGGCCGGCCGGCCAUGGCUAGAGAGGUGCGCCGACAAAGCCACCACGAACGGCUGCCGGCCAGGCUACGGCUGACGUCUGGCCACCGCAGCACGAAAGCGAGAGGAUGGCCUACACGCACGUGGGAAGAUGGCCUAUACACACGUGGGUAGAUGGCCUGCACGCACUCGGGUAGAUGGCCUACACGCACGGGGGAAGAUGGCCUGUGCGCACGUGGGUAGAUGGUCUAUGCGCUCAUGAGAAGAUGGCCUACACGCACACGGGAAGAUAACCUACACGCAUGUGAGGAGAUGACCUACACGCACACGGAAAGAUGGCCUAUACGCACGAGAUGGCCUAUACUCACAUGGGGAGAUGGCCUACACACAUGUGGGUAGAUGGCCUACACGCACGUGUUUAGAUGGCAUACAGAGAUGGGCGCCGUGCAGAGCCGAUCGAGCUGAGCGAUGGCCGCUCACAGAGGUCGCUUGAGGUGGGACAAACUUCCGUGAGCACCCCAGGCACAGCUAAUAGCACCUUAUGUCAACGGCACUUGUAACAGUGCCACAUGAAACGGCCUUAGCCCCCGCUGUUGUGAGCUGUCACUGGGUGCUUAUGAUGACAUGGAGCUGCUUUCAUCCUUGUCUUAGUUCUGUUGAGACAUGUACCACAUCUGAAUAGAA